AUGACAAGUCGAUGGAAAAGAAAAGAAGUGCAAGAUCAUUCUGCGUCUAAACCUGCUUCACCGCCAAUCCCGCACCAAAAAAGAAACCCCCCAUUUCCUUGGCGAAUCCUUCACUCUUUCCCAAAACGCCACAAUCUUGUUUACGCUGUCAGAAAGGAAGUAAAUAAAUUCUCCGUCGCAAUGUGAAUGGUGAUAGUGGGGCCCUAUGAUCCACAUGCUCGAGUGAAAAUUCCCUCUUUUAACAUGACACCGUUGUGCUGUUGUGUGUUGUCACUGCUGCUUCAUGUCAUGCCUGCCCUGCAUGUGGCCAUUCUCCGACUGGGAAAGCCCAAAGUGGAUGGAUAGAUGUGAAAAUCUCUCAUUGCCACAAAUUCCCUGCAGGAGAAUAGAAAUCGGUAGAAGUUUCCGUAACACACAAAUUGUAUCAGCUUUUUUCGCCGUGUUAGUGCAACCCAUCUGUGGAACACAACUUUCGAACGAAAAAAAAAAAAAA